AUGGCUCAGCACCUCUCUCAAGGUAUGGUUCGGGGUUUGGCAUUGGCUUUCGGGAUCCUUCUCCUUUUUGCUUCUCCGACUGCCGCUUUCUGGGCAAGUGAGAAGAAAGCAAGUCCCGUCGGAAGACGUUCUGAAAUCCUGAACUCCAACUCUCCCCUUCCGAGCAUUUACGCCAUCGCCCUGAGCGAGUUGCAGGAACUCGAGUCAGAACCUCUCUGUCACCGCGUUGCUGCUCGGCUUCUAGUGAGCAACUGCCAGCUCCUCGACGGAAAAGAUGAAGCCACGGUCCUCACCGAUAGCGGCCGCCAACUUCGAGAUUUCAUCGACUCCUACGCCGCUAGCCUAGCGAUAUGCGACCUUGAAAGGGGAAGAUUCAGCAUCCCGUCAGAGUGCGCAAAGUUUCGAGAGUCUUCAUUGAGCCUUCUCAGCCCCAACUAUGAGCCAACUCUCCAUGUCAGCUCAAAGGAGAUUGAUCUCUGUCUUUCGGCGCUGGGGACUUCGGACUCGGCGUGGAAUACCUGGGUCAGCUAUCGUCAUAAGGCGUUGAGAUUCUGCGAAGCAGCACGAGCAGACAAUGAGAAGGCACGGAGUGUCCAACUCUACCAGCGAUUAACCAGAGUCAUUGCCAAGCUGGCAGAGGGCGUCGAGGCCGAACUUCAGAAACGCAUGGCCGAUCUUGACAAUCGAGCUCGGCGAGCCUCCGAAAGCAUGGACCAGUUAAACCCGCAAAUAGAUCAGUUGAGGGAGGGACUUGCUAAGGUCGAGGAAUAUCUUUCCAGAGAUAUGCGCCAGGCAGUCAAGGAAUCGUCGGAAGCCAUCAAGGAUGGCCUUGGACAGGCAGAAGAUUUGCACCAAGCCCUGGCAAUCAUGCUCAAGACCAUACUCGAGGGUAAUUCCCAGGUAGCCGUCGCCCAUGAGCAGUCCCUAGAACUGGCCACGAAUAGAGCGAACGACGAAAUGGGUGGCCUCAUGGCAGUCAUUGCUGGUGCGGUUGCUUCGUCGGCAACCUUACAGAAUCAGAUCGAGAUUUCCCGGCUCCAGGCCGCCGAACUUGAAACCAGACAAGGAGCUGUUGAAGAGGGAUUGAACAGACUUAUCGAGGCUUCGGAGGCCUUGUCUACAAAAUACAACCACCAUUCUUACCUCCUACGUCAGGCGGGCAAUAUUACUGAAGACAUUCUCGACUCUCUGGUGGAGGCGGCGUCGACAGCUUCCAGUGUGAACCAGUCUCUCUUUAAGGCCUCGAUAUCCACCAGCUGGUGGCCAUAUAUUGUGUGUCCCACUGUGGCUCUCGUUAUGGGAUCUUAUGGUCUUCCACCUUCUGCGUUCCGGAACCUUGGACUGAUCGCUUUUGGAGAGCUCGUUGGAUUUCUGGUCUCGUCAUUUGACCACAUUCAGGCCGAGUUUUUCUCCUUCGCCGGCGCCCAAGCUACGGGGAAUUCGACUUUCACUGGACUUUAG